UGUCGAGUCGACGCUAGUUCCAGGUCUCAUGGCCUACCAGCGCGGUCAGCAACCUCGUGUUAUUGAAGGAAGGCAGCCACAGAGCGCCGAUCCUCGACAGCGACAGAGUGGUGCGAUAGCAGUUACGCAAGUGUUCUGUUGCGCAAGGUCGCCCUUGGCGGCCUGACGGUACAAGCAAGCGGCCGCUGCGGAGCGCUCAGCGUCGGCUAGGGGACAUCUGAUAUUUUCGUAGUCGUCCUACGUGUGCUGUCUCAGUGGAUUGCGUUCGCUGUCGGCUUGGGUGUCGCUCGAGACGUCCGCAGUGCAGGGUUGUGUGCGUCGAGAGUGUGGCUGGUUGCUGUCACAGUGCGUGCACAUCGAAACCAAGAAUGCGGUCUUCCUCGAGGCCCUGCUGCAGCGUGAUACCAACGGUGGCUGUGAUAAGCGUCCUGUCUCAUCGCCCGAUGCACUUUGUUUGUCUACUGUAGCAGAGCAACCACUGCUGCGUCGAACUAUGCUUCAUUUCAUAGCGCUGUGACGAUAAGAGGUUUUCUAAAUGUGAUUGAUGCGGAAAUAGUAAUAUGGUGUGCUGACGGAAGACUUCGAGCUUACACGUUUUCUGCAACGGAUGACUUGCAAAGUAACGGAGUAGAAUCUACAGCGGAGAUAUUUCUGAUACUAAACAUGUCAAUCACCUGCGAUAAAACUGAAACUGAAGUCGAGGGUCCACUGAAAGACCUGGAGACCCUUGCAAUGGAAGAGCUUGGUGAAACACCGGAAGUGAAGCGAAGAUGCUUGGCACAGCUACGACAGCUUCUUGAAGGAGAAAGCAACUUGCGGGUGCCUCAAGACCACGCAUUCCUGCUCAUGUUCCUUCGAACCCGCAAAUACCGAGUGAACGACGCAUUCAAAAGAGUGAAAAACUACUUCCGCGUCCGCAAGCAAAUUCCCGAGUAUUUUGAAGACCUAAACCCAUCUAGCAUCCCAUACCAGACAGUAUUUAAGGACCACAAGCUCAUUUUGUCGUCGAAAAAGAGAGAUCCGCUGCGCAGAGCCGCAGGGUAUGUAAGGUUCGGAGCUUGGAAUAGUGACAUAUGCUCGAUAAACGAGCUAAUGAGGUGCCUAAUGGUGGCCAUCGAAUGCAACCUUCUCUCGGGAGAGACACAGAUUCGGGGCGCGGUGUUCAUCAUCGACAUGGAAGGCUUCAAUACGCACCAUCUCAUCACGCUGUCACCGUGGUUUCUGCAUCGAGCCGUAACUGUUUUACAGGAUUCACUCCCUGCCCGCAUCAAGGGAAUUUACUUUGUCAACACUCCAGCUAUCUUCACUUUUGCUUAUUCUCUCCUCAAGUCCUUCAUGUCUGCAAAAUUAAGGAAAAGGCUGCGACUACUUGGGAGUGACUUUUCUACUUUUGGCGAGAUCCUUCCUUCUGAAUUCAUACCCAAAGAGUGCGGUGGAGAGUGGGAGGACUUUGAUUACCAAAGCCAAGUGGAAUUUUUCCAAAGCACGACAAGCCAUUUUGAGCGAAUGUGUCAAUUUGGCUACUCGUCAGCUAAAUAAAGGG